AUGGACUACCUUGUAAUCGAGGGCUUCAAGUCCGCCGCGGAGGAAUUCUCGCAAGAAGCCAACCUCUCGCCGCCAGUCGACUUCGACAGCAUCGAAAGCCGAAUGAGCAUCCGAGAGGCAUUGCAGCGAGGGGACGUGGAGAAUGCGAUUGCACUGGUCAAUGACCUCAAUCCCGAGAUCUUAGAUACAAACCCUGGUUUAUACUUUCAUCUCCAGCAGCAGAAGCUCAUCGAAUACAUAAGACUCGGCCGUAUCUCCGAGGCCUUGCAAUUUGCGCAGGAGGAACUCGCGCCGCGUGGUGAAGAGAGCCCCGAGUUUCUCUCAGAGCUGGAGCGCACAAUGGCGCUGCUCGCGUUUGAAUCCGCCCCUGGCGCCCCACCUGCAAUCGCCGAGCUGCUGUCUCCCGCGCAGAGGAUGAAGACGGCGGGCGAGGUGAACGCGGCUAUCUUGGAAAGCUUGAGCCAGGGGAAAGAAGCCAAACUGGUCGGGCUUCUCAAGUUGCUAUGCUGGGGCGAAGGCCUUCUGGAUGAGCGGGCCGAGUUUCCCAAGGUUGACCUUGGCGACGAGCUACCAGCAUACCGCCGCGAGCCCGGUGGGGCGGGGCGAGCUAUAUAG